AAAAAAAAAAAAAAAGUUCCAGCAUUGGGACACUUCCACAGAGUUUGUCAAAGAAGAUGAAAAGAAGAGAUACAAGUGAGAGAAAGAAAUCAAAUCAAAUCAAAACAGCACUGGGCAAUUCUUCCUCCAAUGUCAUUACGUCAUUUCCCCAAAGACACUUAUGCUUAGGAACCAGAGAGAUCAAAACCGAUGCGAUAAAGAACAAAAGAAAAGAUGGCUGACGAUUUAGCAUGCAGAAGGGAAGUGAUAUAUCAGGAUGUAUAGAUGAUUCUAAACUGUAAGUUCUGGCUUGUAAACUAUGCACUGUAUAUUCUAUGUGAUUUUUUUUGGAAGAGGCUUGUUAUUUGAUGGUGACUUGGCAUGAUGAUGAAACAGAAAGGAGGAAGACUGCUGCUUGUACCAGAGAGCUGCUUGCCUUUACAGGACUACAGGUCCCAGGGUGCAUCUGUCCCUGCCUCUGCCACUACAGGACUACAGGUCCCAGGGUGCAUCUGUCCCUUCCCCUGCCAUUACAGGACUACAGGUCCCAGGGUGCAUCUGUCCCUGACACUACAUGUCCCAGGGUGCAUCUGUCCCUGUCCCUGCCACUACAGGACUACAGGUCCCAGGGUGCAUCAGUCCCUGCCCCUGCCAUUACAGGACUACAGGUCCCAGGGUGCAUCUGUCCCUGACACUACAGGUCCCAUGGUGCAUGUGCAUCUGCCCCUGCCACUACAGGACUACAGGUCCCAGGGUGCAUCAGUCCCUGCCCCUGCCAUUACAGGACUACAGGUCCCAGGGUGCAUCAGUCCCUGCCCCUGCAUCUACAGGUCCCAGGGUGCAUAUGUCCCUGCCCCUGCCCCUGCCCCUGCCCCUGCCCCUGCCAUUACAGGACUACACAUCCCAGGGUGCAUCAGUCCCUGUCCCUGCCACUACAGGACUACAGGUCCCAGGGUGCAUCAGUCCCUGCCCCUGCCAUUACAGGACUACAGGUCCCAGGGUGCAUCUGUCCCUGCCAUUACAGUACUACAGGUCCCAGGGUGCAUCUGUCCCUGCCCCUGCCAUUACAGGACUACAGGUCCCAGGGUCCUUCUGUCCCUGCCCCUGCCAUUACAGUACUACAGGUCCCAGGGUGCAUCUGUCCCUGCCCCUGCAAUUACAGGACUACAGGUCCCAGGGUGCAUCUGUCCCUGCCCCUGCCACUACAGGUCCCAGGGUGCAUCUGUCCCUAUCUCUGCUAUUACAGGACUACAGGUCCCAGGGUGCAUCUGUCCCUGCCCCUGCCAUUACAGUACUACAGGUCCCAGGGUGCAUCUGUUCCUGCCCCUGCCACUACAGUACUACAGGUCCCAGGGUGCAUCUGCCCCUGCCCCUGCCCCUGCCACUACAGUACUACAGGUCCCAGGGUGCAUGAAACAGAAAGGAGAAAGGAGGAAGACUGCUGAGGAGGAAACAGAAAGGAGGAAGACUGCUGCUUGUACCAGAGAGCUGCCUGCCUUUACAGGACUACAGGUCCCAGGGUGCAUCUGUCCCUGCCUCUGCCACUACAGGACUACAGGUCCCAGGGUGCAUCUGUCCCUUCCCCUGCCAUUACAGGACUACAGGUCCCAGGGUGCAUCUGUCCCUGACACUACAUGUCCCAGGGUGCAUCUGUCCCUGUCCCUGCCACUACAGGACUACAGGUCCCAGGGUGCAUCAGUCCCUGCCCCUGCCAUUACAGGUCCCAGGGUGCAUCUGUCCCUGACACUACAGGUCCCAUGGUGCAUGUGCAUCUGCCCCUGCCACUACAGGACUACAGGUCCCAGGGUGCAUCAGUCCCUGCCCCUGCCAUUACAGGACUACAGGUCCCAGGGUGCAUCAGUCCCUGCCCCUGCAUCUACAGGUCCCAGGGUGCAUAUGUCCCUGCCCCUGCCAUUACAGGACUACACAUCCCAGGGUGCAUCAGUCCCUGUCCCUGCCACUACAGGACUACAGGUCCCAGGGUGCAUCAGUCCCUGCCCCUGCCAUUACAGGACUACAGGUCCCAGGGUGCAUCUGUCCCUGCCCCUGCCACUACAGGUCCCAGGGUGCAUCUGUCCCUGCCCCUGCCAUUACAGUACUACAGGUCCCAGGGUGCAUCUGUCCCUGCCCCUGCCAUUACAGGACUACAGGUCCCAGGGUCCUUCUGCCCCUGCCAUUACAGUACUACAGGUCCCAGGGUGCAUCUGUCCCUGCAAUUACAGGACUACAGGUCCCAGGGUGCAUCUGUCCCGGCCCCUGCCACUACAGGUCCCAGGGUGCAUCUGUCCCUAUCUCUGCUAUUACAGGACUACAGGUCCCAGGGUGCAUCUGUCCCUGCCCCUGCCAUUACAGUACUACAGGUCCCAGGGUGCAUCUGUUCCUGCCCCUGCCACUACAGUACUACAGGUCCCAGGGUGCAUCUGCCCCUGCCCCUGCCCCUGCCACUACAGUACUACAGGUCCCAGGGUGCAUCUGUCCCUGCCCCUGCCACUACAGGACUACAGGUCCCAGGGUGCAUAUGUCCCUGCCCCUGCCACUACAGUAAUACAGGUCCCAGGGUGCUGUACUACAGGUCCCAGGGUGCAUCUGUCCCUGCCCCUGCCACUACAGUACUACAGGUCCCAGGGUGAAUCUGUCCCUGCCCCUGCCACUACAGUACUACAGGUCCCAAGGUGCAUCUGUCCCUGGCACUACAGUACUACAGGUCCCAGGGUGCAGUACUACAGGUCCCAGGGUUCAUCUGUCCCUGCCCCUGCCCCUGCCACUACAGUACUACAGGUCCCAGGGUGCAGUACUACAGGUCCCAGGGUGCAUCUGUCCCUGCCCCCCUAGACUUGGGGCACAUUCAAAUAGAAGUAUGCUAUGUAGAACAAACAUGGAUCUCUGAGAUGUAGAAUAAGGAAUCACGUCGGCCCUAUUUGUGGUAUUUCUAUCUGAAACGAUCGAGAACAUUUUGGUACCGAACAUGUCCCUGACAUUCCUGACCUGUCAUCACACACUGAGGCAAAACAUUAUUAUCAUGUACUUUUUCCUCUCU